AUGGAACUCACUGCAGUAGAUCACCGCAUACCUCUAAGUGAUGGAAACAGCAUUCCUAUCAUUGGGUAUGGUACCUACCCAACCCCUCCAAUGACCCCUAAGGGGAGCUGUAGGGCAGGAGUGAAGCUCGCCAUCGAUGUUGGGUACCGGUACAUUGAUGGGGCCUACAGCUACCAGAAUGAGAAGGAAGUGGGAGAGGCCAUCAGAGAGAAGAUAGCAGAAGGAAGGGUGAAGAGAGAGGAUAUUUUCUACAGCGGAAAGCUGUGGGGUACAGAUUUUGACCCACAGAGAGUCCUCCCAGCCCUGCAGAAGACACUCCAGGACGUCCACCUAGAUUAUGUUGAUCUUUACAUCAUGGAAACGCCCAUGGCUUUUAAGCCUGGAGAUGAAAUUUUUCCUAAAGAUAAGAAAGGCAAUUGGAUAUUUCACAAGACAAAUCUGUGUGCUACUUGGGAGGCUUUGGAAGCUUGCAAAGAUGCUGGCUUGGUGAAAUCUCUUGGUGUAUCCAAUUUUAACCGCAGACAGCUGGAGCUAAUACUGAACAAACCAAGACUCAAAUAUAAGCCAGUCUGCAACCAGGUACAGUCUGACAAGAGGGUGGGAUGUGCCAAGGAAUUUCAAGAGUUACUUAACAUAAAGGACCAUGGGUUGGGUGUAUAUUUCGAACCAUUGCUAGAGGAUGAACUUCUAAACUCAUUGGGGAAAAAGUACAAUAAGACUGCAGCUCAGGUUGCUUUGCGUUUCAACAUCCAGCGAGGGACAGUUGUCAUUCCUAAAAGCUAUGACCCUACAAUGAUCAAAGAAAACCUUCAGAUCUUUGACUUUUCUCUCACUACAGAAGAAAUGAAGACCAUCGAAACCUUGAAUAGAGAUGUCCGCUUAGCGGGUCAGCUCAGGUUUUCUGGUCAUCCUGAAUAUCCAUUCCAUGAUGAAUACUGA